GCACCUGCACAGGAGGAAAGGGAGCGGGACGUUCACCGCCGGCAGCUGCGUGGUGGGCGUGUUCUGGGACUUCGCGGCGGCGCGGUACGCGGCGGGGCCCGAGCCGGUGUCCGGGUACUACGUCGCCGUCGUGGCCGACGCCGAGUUCGUGCUCCUGCUCGGGGACAUGAGCCGCGGGUACGUGGAGCGGCUGCACGGCGGGAUACCGAUCGCCGGGUCACGGAUGGCGCGGCGGCGGGAGCGGUUCGUCGGGUGCGGGUGCUGGUCCACGAGGGCGCGGUUCCUGGAGUCCGGCGCCGAGCACGACAUCGUCGUCGCGCUGGACGGCGACGCGGAGGCGUGGGUGACCGUCGACGGCCGGAAGGUGGUGCAGCUCCGGCGGCUGCGGUGGAACUUCCGCGGCAGCCACACCCUCUUCCUCGACGGCGGCGCGCCGGUGGACAUGACGUGGGACCUCCACGGCUGGCUCUUCCACGCGGCCGACCCCUCGCCGGCCUCCUCCUGCGCCGCCGUCUUCACGUUCCAGACGCGCGGCGCGUCGGAGACGAAGUUCUGGAUAGAGGACGACGGCGACGGCGACGACGAUCUGGAACAAUCUCAGCCACCGGCUGCGCCGCGCGGCCCGAAACAGAAGCUGGGCGGCGGCGGCGGCGGCGGCGCUCCGUCGGGGCAGGGAUUCUGCUUACUGAUCCAAGGUUUCAGGGGCGCAUCCAAGAUCGCUUGAUCUGUAUAAAUGCCAUGAGAGAUUCGCCAUUCUUUUUCACUUCUUCUUCUUGCUUGCGUUGCUUGGGAUUGUAGUAUCAAAAUUCGACAAUGGGUUUGGUGCUAAUUCUCGUUGAUUAAUCCGAUGCAUGACACGAGUGUGAAAUGUAGGAGUAGAAGGGGAGGCUUGACAUGUACAAUUGGGGUGGUGUGUUUCGUUUUGGUUUGCUUCGUCGCCGUGCAGAUUUGAUAUACAUGACUGUAACUGUGUCCUAAUUUGCAGAAAAUACACCAAAGAUUGCAACUUCUUACAUGAAAGAAAUGAUUUGAUUA